GAAGUAAACCUGCUUGAACAGAGGUUUGCAGUCGAUCUCGGCAAGAAAGCCAAGCAGCAAAGGCAGUCAAGGGUUAACGCCAGCUGCUCAUGCUUCUUCUGCCUUCCCUCUUUCACGCUGGGUUCCUGCCAGGCGGAAGCAGUUUAAGUUCAAGGCUGGCUGCGCACGGAACGGUGCGGUGCAUGUCCGCGCUCCUCGGGCGGUGGUGGAAGGCAGCCGGGGCAGGGAGGGGCUGGCAAGCAGCGAGCAACCCCCCCAGCCGGAGCUGCAGGGAUGGCACAAGCUUCUGAGUGCCGAAACUCCCUCCUCUAUUACUACAGCGUCAAAUUUGCUCUGUCCACGUACGCUACUCUGUUUUCGAUCCUUGGCCUCAUGAUCCUUUGCAUCGGGAUUUAUGCUGAAGUGGAGAGGCAGAAGCACAAAACCUUAGAAGGAAUCUUCCUCGCUCCAGCCAUUGUCCUGCUUCUGCUGGGCUUCACCAUGUUCUGCGUCUCCUUUGUCGGCAUGGUGGGGAGCCUCAGGGACAACCGGACACUGCUAAAGACGUUCUUCUGGGUUCUUCUAGUGAUCUUCCUCAUGGAGCUGCUGCUGAUAUGCAUUGAAAUCAUCUUUGAAAACCAGAUGAAUGCAGUAUUCCACUCCAACAUCCAAGAGGGCAUUCGACACUAUUACGAUGACCUCGACUUCAAGAAUAUCUUGGAUUUUGUACAAGAAAAGGUCCCUGGAGAAGUCAUUAACACCCUGUGUGGAUACAGGACACUUGAUAAAGAGCGCCUGGAGUUGCUUAAUGUCAUCCACGUGCGAGGCUGCAUCCAUGCUGUCGGGCUGUGGCUUAAAGACAACUUUGAGGCCACUUUGGGCAUCGUUUGCUCCAUGCUUCUUCCUCAGCUCUCAGCAAGCAACAGGACCAUGCUGGAGGAUGAGGAUGGGCUGACCGAGAGGGGUCUCAGCAGCUCAAGGAGGAGAUACGAUGAUGAAGAAGAUUAUCACUCCAUCUAUAUUGGGGUGCCAGUGCCCCGGGGCUACCGAAGGAAACGGCGCCGGCGGCGAUCUGCCUCCAGCCGGGACAGAGCGAGUGAGAGCGAGCGGCACUAUGAGCAGCAGGAGCGCUCCGACACUGAUGACGGUGGCCACGGCUGCUACGAGAGUGGCAAUGACAAUGCCAGCAGGACCAUGUCACCAGCUGCCGAACGCCUCCGCUACAUCCUGGGUGAUGAUGAUGAGCCUCCCAACCCAACACUCUUCACAGAGAUGGACACACUGCAGCAUGAUGGUGAGGAGAUGGAAUGGAAAGAGUCAGCCAGGUGGAUAAAGUUUGAAGAAAAGGUUGAGGAAGGCGGGGAAAGGUGGAGCAAACCCCAUGUGUCCACAUUGUCUUUGCACAGCCUGUUUGAGCUGCGGACAUGUCUACAGACAGGAACAGUGCUCCUGGACCUAGAUGGCUACUCUUUACCCCAGAUCAUAGACGACAUCAUUGAGAAGCAGAUUGAGGAUGGUCUGCUCAAACCUGAGCUGCGGGAAAAGAUAAGCUAUGUGCUCCUCAGGAAGCACCGUCACCAAACCAAGAAGCCAAUCCAUAGGUCCUUGGCUGACAUCGGCAAGUCUGUCUCCUCUAACACGAACCGCAGCCCUGUCCGGAGCCCAGCUGCCAGCACAACCUUCCACCGCUCCACUGAGGACCUGAGGAUGCGGCAGAACACAAGCUACGGCCGCCUGCGCCAUGCACAAAGUCGAAGCAUGAAUGAUAUCUCAGACACACCAAGCACCGACCAGCUGAAGAACAAGUUCAUCAAGAAGAUCCCCAAGGAUGCAGAGGCCUCCAAUGUGCUGGUAGGAGAAGUGGAAUUCCUAGAGAAACCCUUUGUGGCUUUCGUGCGGCUCCUCCAGGCAACAAUGCUAGGAGGGGUGACAGAGGUGCCCGUCCCCACCAGAUUCCUCUUUAUUCUCCUGGGCCCUGCAGGAAAAGCCAAAUCCUACAACGAGAUUGGCAGAGCCAUUGCAACCCUCAUGGUGGAUGAUCUCUUCAGCGAUGUUGCCUACAAAGCCCGGGACAGAGAAGACCUGAUUGCCGGCAUAGAUGAAUUUCUGGAUGAAGUCAUUGUUCUGCCCCCUGGCGAGUGGGACCCCAGCAUUAGGAUUGAGCCACCAAAAAAAGUGCCCUCAGCUGAGAAGAGGAAAUCAGUUUUCUCACUGAACGAAGUGGGGCAGAUGAAUGGCACAGCUGGUGUGGCAGGUGCUGGGAGUGGCGGCGGAGGCAGUGAUGAUGGGGAGAUGCCUGAAGUGCAUGAAAUCGGGGAAGAGCUUGCAUGGACUGGCAGGUUUUGUGGUGGCCUCUAUUUGGAUAUCAAAAGGAAGCUGCCCUGGUUCCCAAGUGACUUCUAUGAAGGUUUUCAUAUCCAGUCCAUCUCUGCCAUUUUGUUCAUCUACCUGGGCUGCAUCACCAAUGCCAUCACAUUCGGGGGCUUGCUUGGAGAUGCUACGGACAACUACCAGGGUGUCAUGGAGAGCUUCCUUGGCACAGCAAUGGCGGGCUCCAUGUUUUGUCUCUUCGCUGGGCAGCCACUCAUUAUCCUCAGCAGCACCGGCCCCAUCCUCAUAUUCGAGAAGCUGCUCUUUGACUUCAGCAAAGGCAACGGCAUCGACUACAUGGAGUUUCGCCUCUGGAUCGGCUUGCACUCUGCUCUACAGUGCCUUAUCCUGGUGGCCACUGAUGCCAGCUUCAUUAUAAAGUACAUCACACGUUUCACAGAGGAAGGCUUCUCCACCCUCAUCAGCUUCAUCUUCAUCUAUGAUGCCAUCAAGAAGAUGAUAGGAGCCUUUAAGUAUUACCCCAUCAAUUCAGACUUCAAGCCAGACUAUGUGACCAUGUACAAGUGCGAGUGUGUUGCUCCUGACCAAGCCAACAUGACAUUGUUCGAUGCUUCAGCUCCAGUAGCACCAAACACCACUAACAUUUCUCUGUACAAUACUAUUAACCUAACAGCUCUGGAUUGGACUCAGCUGAGUAAGAAGGAGUGUCUCAAGUAUGGUGGCAGCUUAGUGGGGAAAUCCUGUAAAUUUGUGCCUGACCUGGCCCUCAUGUCCUUCAUCCUCUUCUUUGGCACCUACUCCAUGACACUGACCCUGAAGAAAUUCAAAUUCAGCCGCUACUUCCCCACCAAGGUCAGGGCCUUCAUUGCUGAUUUUUCCAAUGUCUUCUCCAUCCUGCUGUUCUGUGGUGUGGAUGCCUGUUUCGGACUGGACACCCCAAAGCUGCAUAUUCCCAGUAUCAUCAAGCUGCGUAAGCUUAUUAGUGAUUUCUCUAUCUUUAUGUCCAUACUAAUGUUUGUGGGGCUGGAUGUGCUUUUCGGACUGAACACCCCAAAGCUCCAAGUGCCUACUGACUUUAAGCCCACUCGUGUGGACCGAGGGUGGUUCGUGUUUCCCUUCGGGAAGAACCCAUGGUGGGUAUACCUUGCAAGCGCGCUGCCUGCCCUCCUCGUUACCAUCCUCAUCUUCAUGGACCAGCAGAUCACAGCCGUCAUCGUCAACAGGAAGGAGCACAAGUUACGGAAAGCAGCAGGCUACCACCUGGACCUGUUCUGGGUUGGCAUCCUCAUGGCUGUGUGCUCCUUCAUGGGGCUGCCCUGGUACGUGGCAGCCACCGUCAUCUCCAUCGCCCACAUUGACAGCCUGAAAAUGGAGACAGAGACCAGUGCCCCAGGGGAGCAGCCCCAGUUCCUGGGUGUCAGGGAGCAGAGAGUGACAGGCAUCAUUGUAUUUGUGCUGACAGGGAUUUCCGUCUUCCUGGCCCCAGUUCUGAAGUACAUCCCCAUGCCAGUGCUGUAUGGCGUCUUUCUGUACAUGGGCGUCGCAUCACUGAAUGGCAUCCAGUUUUGGGACCGCUGCAAGCUCUUCCUCAUGCCAGCCAAGCACCAGCCCGACUAUGUCUUCCUUCGGCAUGUGCCACUGCGCCGCAUCCACCUCUUCACUCUGGUGCAGAUUGUCUGCCUGGCUGUGCUCUGGAUCCUCAAAUCCACCGUGGCUGCGAUCAUCUUCCCUGUCAUGAUUUUAGCCCUGAUCCUGGUGAGACGACUGCUAGAUUUUGUCUUCUCCCAACAUGACCUGGCCUGGAUUGACAACAUCAUCCCUGAGAAGGAAAAGAAGAAAGAGGAUGACAAGAAGAAGAAGAAAAAAGGCAACAAAGGGGACAGCAGCAGUGACGAGGAGGAAAGAGGUCCUCCACCUGGAGCUUUGCGUUCUGAUUCUCCCCCAAAUGGUUCAGAUCUGGAUCGCAGUAUUACACUUCACCUGAAGAUUUCAUGUCCAUCGUCUCCAGCAUUUAACUACUCACGAAAUCCAAUUUGCGCUGUGCCCCAGGUGAAGAUAGAGAUGGAAUCAGACUAUGAGGACACCGACACUGAAAAGCCACCUCGGGACAUGGGCAGUGAGACCACGCUAUAGUUCUGUGCAGUGCUUCCUCUAAUUUUAGAUUUAUAUAUAUAUGAAUAUAUAAGUAUAUAUAUAUAUAUAAUUAGACAUAUUUUUCUAUGUGACACUGAGAUGGUGGCCCCAGAGGCCCGUUGCUCCAGUAGCGUUUAGAGUAAUGCUGUUGAAUUUCCUCCCUUUCCGCUGGGUGAAUGCAUCGCUGCUGGUAGCAGAAUGCACUGGUGGCAGAAGAGCCCCCACUGCUGGGGCUAAAAAUGUGGAGCUGGCGUAUUUGACCCCACUUGCCCUAGAACUGCUGCCGGAAUGGAGAAGUCAAAGGCAGUCAGGGCCAUGGAUGUCAGGGAACAGUUGGCUGCAUGCAUGGCCUAUGGAACAGGGGACUGUGCUUGCGUAAACCUUUCAAGGGGGAUUUUGGGAUGGGGAGGAGGUUUGCACACCUGAGAAGGAAGUGGGAGCAUGUGUCCCAGCUCUCCCUGCCCUGAAAUCACAGCACGACUCCUGCCAAAUCUGGCUUGGCAAAGGGGGUAGUGCAUUUCCCAUGGGGAGCCUCAGGCUUUGAGUUUGCAGGAUGCAAACAAAAGCAGUUUGACCCCUUGCCGUGGGAGUCCCCUCUUGCAACACAGCCACACUGCAGCAUCCCAGCAACCCAAUCAGGGUCUCUAUGCUGCAGCAGGUGGGAUUCUCCUGCCCCAGGGGGACUCAGCUGUGCUCACCCCAGCAUAGAUGUAUAAAAACAUGAGGAGGAUACAUUGAAGACUAGUGAGGGUUGUAAAGAGGCAGUGCCCCAGGCAAUGGCAGGAGGAGCAAAGGCUCUGGAGCAGGAGACCUUGAGGCCAAAGGCCAUUGCUUCCUGCAGGUAACAACAGGCAGGCUGUGAGUGCCUGAGAGCAACAGCAGAGCAGGAAACAGGGCAUGAUUUCUGCUGGCUGUCAGGAACUACUGCUGCAGGCAGUGGGUCAUGGUUUCUGCAGGGAACUGGAAAUGGUUUCUGCAGGGAACUUAUCAGUUUCCAUAGCAGAGCCAUUAGAUGAGCAUGGCCUUACCCAUCGACACACCCACAGCCCUAGCAAAGCACAGCUUUCCCAGAACCAUCUAGGACCCUCAGUGCUGUCUGAAAACCUAGGCUGAUAACAUGGCUGGAGCAAUAGCCGCAUCCAACCAGAAGCUAGCUGAGCUGGAGUAUUAUCUCACCUUGUUUUUGCUACAGACACACUGAAGAAGCCCAUCCAGCCCCUGCACAAGGGACUUUGCACCUCCUUGAGCUCCUCAGUUUUAAUUAUACUCAGGUGGUUUAACAGCAAGCAGCUUGAAGCACUGAUGGGAGAGCAAGCAUGUCCCUCAUCAUGUAUCCCCACACACUUCGCACUUGCUUCCCCACCAGGGAGCAGGUCAGGAGCCACCUCAGGCACCAGACAGUUUGGCUUGCCCAACUCUCACUUUCUUCCAGCAGUGCUGCAGCAUCAAUGAGGCUUUCAAAUAGCUUUCCUUCCCAGCAUGCCUGCAGGCUAUGGUUUAGAAAGACUAGUCUUGUUUGUAGACUUUCUCUCUGGUAGAUGGAUGUUUCUUGCAGUUUUAAGGUAGCACAAACUCCCCCUCAUCACCCAAGCAGAAAUAGCCUACCUGGUAUUUAUAGGAAUUCUGUGCUAAGGUCAGCCACAGAGGGGUUUCUGGGGCAUUGGUUAAAUAUUGCAACUGAUCUGAACUGUUGUGUGGGACAGAGCCCACUUCUUUGUAAAUAGUCACAUCAAAUGAAGACAUGAAUGCAGUUUUCUGUUUAUAGUGUUUUUCUAGUCCAAGUAGACCUUAUGAGGAACCAUUGUGAAAUUAAUAAAACAGUAUUAAUCUAGUGACCACUUAAGCAAGCACCACUUAGCCUGAUGUUAACACUAAAAACUAUUUCAGCUUGGAUGCAUUGUGUGUACUUUUUAGCGUUUUGUACCAAUCUCAUGUGUGGUAGCUAAAGCAUGGUACAGGUAGGCCUGUCAUUGCAAUCACUCCACAGAUUGUAAAUUUCCUUUAACCAAUACAUCAGCACCUACUACACAGCACCCCUACCAGAGUCCACAAAGCCUUUCCAGAUGUUUCAGAGAACACAGCUGAAGCCUAAGCUCAGAUCCCUCUAGAACACUGCUCAUUUCAAUUAAAUUUGUCCUAUUUGCAGGUCUUACAAAUGGGUUAUAUUUUUUGCAUAUGGAAAUACUGGAUUGGCACAGAUUUGCCACCCCCAUUACAGUACUUCUUUAGCCAUGUUGUAUUUAUCAGUGAUACAAUCCAAUAAAUCU